AUGCAAUCAGUAUGUUUAUUUGUUGUUUUAUUUGGCGCAUCUGCCAAUGCUUUCUUUUUCAACUUGGGUGGCGGUGGCGGCGGUUGUUGGUUAGUUUAAUUAUUAACAUAUAUUCAAUCAAAUUAUGUUUUAAGUCCACCCCCUCCUUCACCUCCUCCAGCUUGCCCUCCACAAUUACCAGCAGCCCCAGUCUACCAAUCGUCAGGUUAUGCAUUACCUCUUUCAUCGCCGUCUUAUGCCGGAUCUGCUCCAAUUUCAGCUGGCUACGCCGCUCCAAUUUCUCCAGUUGCUCCAGCUUAUAACACACCAGUUACAUUAGAUGUUGCACCAGUUGCACCAAUUGUCCCCGCGCAACCUAUUAAAUCAUAUCCACCACAACCGUUGGAGACUGUUGAACUCGUUCCUGAUUCAACCACAACAGUAGCAACAAUCGUUGAAACCGUUGAAUUGGUUCCUGAUGUUCCAGCCGCUGAAAGUCAUGAUACAGCUGUUGAAAGUUCUGCAAAAGUAGCCGAUUCAUAUAGGGACGAUCAAGCUGUAGCUGAUGCUAUUAACAAUAUUGGUUUGGGACCAGAUUCAGAUGUUCGUAGACAGAGACAAAUUGAACAAUUUUUUGCUGCUCCACAACAGCCUCAACAAGUUCAACAGUUCCAACAACCUCAACAAUUCCAACAAUUCCAGCAAGCCCCGCAGCCACAACAGUUCCAGCAAGUUCAACAACCACAACAAGUUCAACAAUCUCAAUUUCAAGAAUUCGAACAACCCCAUAAUAUUCUCGCUACUGCUUUUCAAAUCCAGCCACAACCAUCAGCUCGACAAACUUAUGCUGCGCCAUUUUAUACAAAUGAAGGAUUCUUGAUCGGUCAACCAGUCGCUACCGCAGAUCGUUAUCACAGAGGGCACGCAGUCGGUGGACCAAAAGAUCAAGCUGCUUCAAUUUUCAAAGGAACACAACCAAAUUUCAACACUUUUGCUAAAUAUUUCGGAUUUGAACUUCCAAACGGUCCUAGAGUAUAG